CCCAAGGACGCUGAGAUGAAAACAGCAGAAGAGCCAACCUCAAGUCUCGGGCAGACCCUGGAGUGGCUAAGAAAGGAGCUGGCUGAGAUGCAGGUCCAAGACCAGAGACUUCUGCUCACGCUGAAGCAUCUUCACGGUGUCCUGGAGGAGCUGCGUGCAGAGAGUGCCCACUGGGAGGAGGCCAGAUCCAGUGGCGGGACCUCCCCCGUCAGACCUCGAGCAGGCUCUGAAGGCAGGGGCCACCAGCCCUUUUCCUCCAGGGGCCUGGCCCAGCUCCUCCAAGGGGUAGACAGCAGACGAAGCUCCCUCCCUUAA